AUGGCAGGAGAAGAAGGAGGAGGAGCGGGAGGAGGGGGCGGAAGAAGAAUCAACUGCGUAGCAAAGCAGGAAGAUGAAGAGGAGGAGGAUGAGGAGGAGGAGGAGGAGGAGUCAAAGUCACGCAGACAAGGAGAAGGCGGAUGGAAGGUUGGCAGGCAGCAGAAGAAGAUGAAGAAGAAGAAGAAGAAGAAGAAGAAGAAGAAAGAGGGGCGAUCAAUGGAAUUAGCCUUGUAUUCGCAUGAUGUUUCGGAUUACUACCCCGACCGUUAA